GUAUGUUUUCCUUCCUAGCGACGGCUGCUUCCUUGGAACGAGGGUAGGCGUAGGCGCACGCAUCGGGCACGUACGCGGAGUUUUGGUUUUGGUUGGUACGCUUCUACGAACGAAGCCCUGUUGCAUCACGCGAAGGAUCUCUGCCUUGAGGAAAUUGCCUGGCGAUUGUAUUUCGAUACUGAAAGCGUCCGCGAGUAACCUGAAGCCCGCUGGUUGACGGUGGAGACUGAGGCACGUCUGAGGCCCAUGGAACAGCGCUUAUACUGGCUUAUACCACUAGCUGUGAAAUGAAGACCGUGUUUGUUACCGUGGGAACGACCUCCUUCGACGAGCUCAUCGAGACUGUUGUAUCGGCGGAGGUGCUAGCUGUCUUGAAGAACCAAGGUUACACGAAGGUUCUCCUUCAAGUUGGCAAAGGGAAUACACCGAAGGUUGAUGGCAGUGUUGAGCCGUCUGUGGAAAGCUAUAACUUCAAGGAUUCGUUGACAAGAGACAUCAACGAAGCUUCGCUGGUGAUAAGUCAUGGAGGUGCAGGCAGUAUACUCCAAGCUCUGAGAGCCGGGAAGAAGCUGGUUGCAGUAGUGAACGACAAGCUGCUUCACAACCACCAGAGCGAACUGGCAGGCCAGUUGCAUAAGGAGGGCUAUCUUCUCUACUGCACUUGCAAAGACCUCCAGUCGACAUUGGAGGAGAUGGAGCCGAGUCGCUUGAGGACUUUUCCGGAGCCAAACCUGAACCGCUUUCCUCAGCUGCUGGAUGGCAUCAUGGGAUGGUCGUAGUUGAGCGGGACUCGCCUCCGCUUUCAAUGUAGACAACUGCUCGCCAUCUUCAACACGGGGAUUAGAUAUUUUUCCCGGGCAUUUAACCAUGCUGCUGGGCAGCAAUAAAUGGCGUACUUGUACAUAUACAAGAUUUAUUUCAAUAACAAGGAAUUUGCAGAAUAAAUGCAUUCAAUUUCAGU